GUGGCGUAAGAGUUUAGUGUUUUUACAAAAUGAAUUAUUGCUAUUUAUUUUGUCAUAAUUUUCGGCGCAGUAGAAAUAUUUAUCCACUAAUUUAUCUCAAUUUACUUCAAUUUAUACAUUAAUUUUGAUAAAAAUAAUUAAAAGAGAAUUGUUUUUUCCAUUUUUGGAAAUAAAAACAAAGAAGUAGGGUUUCAUCAAUUUAAUCGCGCGCCAAACAUCCGAAUAAUAAUAGACAAACAAAAAAAAAAGGAGACAGGAAAAAUUAAUUAAAAAAUAAAAAUAAAAUAAAAAUAAAUAAAAAAAGAGGACAAGCGUGAGAUUAAAACCCUUCACUUUCUUGGCAUUUGUCUUCACUACUUUUCUUUCUCUGCAGUAGCAUCCAUAGGGGGGAGAGAGAGAGAGCUCUAUAAUGGCAGAAUGACCAAAGUACUUUCACAAUCUCUUCUCCUCCCAAGAGGAAGAUAGAUAGAUGGCUUUAGAAGAAGAGGGAGAGGUUCAAAACGCACCGUUUUGUAUGCUUUUCUGUGAGGAAGAGAGGAGUCAUGAGUUAGAGGGAGAUGAGAGCGUUGUAAAGUUUCCGUUUUUCCAUCUGGGUUUUCUCGAUCAUGACAUGUUAUGGGAUGACGAUGAGUUGUCGAGUUUGAUUUCGAAAGAAAACGAGUUAAGGCCGUGUCUUUCCGACACAGUCUUAGAUGAGUUUCUCGUUCUGUGUCGUGAGAAGGCUCUUGAUUGGAUCUUUAGAGUGAAAACGUAUUAUGGGUUUAAUGCGUUGACGGCUCUACUCGCUGUUAACUACUUCGAUAGGUUUCUUACGAGCAGGAAGUUUCAGACAGACAAGCCAUGGAUGUCUCAGCUUACAGCUGUGGCUUGUCUGUCUUUAGCUGCUAAAGUUGAAGAGAUCCGUGUUCCGCUGCUCUUAGAUCUUCAAGUGGGAGAUGCGAGAUAUGUCUUUGAGGCUAAGACUAUACAGAGAAUGGAGCUUUUGAUUCUCUCUACUCUUCAGUGGAGGAUGCACCCCGUGACUCCUAUCUCAUAUUUCGAUCACAUUUUCCGUCGAUGCAGCUCUAAAUCUCACCACGACUUGGAGUUCUUGAGUCGAUGUGAAUCUCUGUUGCUCUCCAUUGUUCCUGAUUCGAGGUUUCUAAGCUACAGCCCUUCGGUGUUGGCCACUGCAAUAAUGGUCUCUGUCGUUGGAGAUUUCACGACGUGUGACGAAGCUGAAUAUGAAUCUCAGCUCAUGACUCUGCUCAAAGUCGAUCCGGAGAAAGUAAAUAAAUGCUAUGAGUUAGUGUUAGAUCACAUUCCGAGCAAGAAAAGGAUGCAACCCGCUAGUCCAACUGGUGUAUUUGAUGCAUCAUUCAACUCUGAUAGCUCGAACGAGUCAUGGGUUGCUUCUGCUUCUGCUUCAAUGUCUGCAUCACAGUCUCAUGAGCCUCUAUUCAAGAGGAGAAGAGUGCAAGAGCAGCAAAUGAAGCUGUCUUCAAUAAACAGAAUGUUUCUCGAUGUGUUCACAAGUAGUCCUCGCUAAUAAUUUAGAAACAUAUAAGAUAUGUUUUCCCCUGUUUUACAUAUUAUCGGCUAUAUGGUAAGGCAGAAACAUUAUGUGUUUCACUUGGUUCUUUUGUUAAUGGACGGAUUCAAAUGGUGUACUCUUCAGUAUUUGAUAAUUUUAAAGAUCUUUUACUUGUUUCA